AUGUUUGACGGUAUCGGCGACCCCGACGAUCACAUCGCUCAGUACAAGGAAAGGAUGUUGGCGGUUGCACUCCCUAAGGAAUCCCGCGAAGCCACAAUGUGCAGAGGGUUCGGUUCCACUCUGAUCGGACAUGCCUUGCAGUGGUACAUCAAUCUCCCUACCAGGUCCAUAUCUUCCUUCGCAGGCCUGAGCGACAAAUUCGUGGAGCAGUUCGCAAGUAAUAGAAGCCUGGAGAAGACUUCAGAUGGUCUCUACGAGAUCCUCCAGCAUCGAGUGGAACCCCUGCGAGACUACAUAGCCCGCUUCAACCAGGAGAAAGUGGGGGGUCCCCGAAUGCAGCAUCCCUACUGCGAUCUCUGCCUUCAAAAGAGGUAUACUUCCAGACAGGGGGCUAUACAAAGAGUUGACCAUGUACCCUUGCAAGACCAUGGAAGAUGUGUUGUCCCGAGCCUGGGCGCAGUAUCAACACCCGAGCUGGUCAACGCACUGAGACAUUCCGGAAUCCGGAACUAUGGUGUGACUUCCACCGCGAUCAUGAAAGCACCUGAUUCAUUCCGGAACCCGGAACUAUGGUGUGACUUCCACCGCGAUCAUGGCCACAAAACCGAAGACUGCAUCGCGCUAUGGAUCGAGGUCAAUGAAUUACUCCAAAAGGGGUAUCUCCGAGAAUUCCUCUCAGAGAAAGCCAAGGCCCACCUCAGCAAAGAAACAGCAGGGAACUCUAAAGGAGCUGCACCAACCUCACCACCUCGCCAAGAUCGGGUGAUCAUUGUCAUAUCCGGAGGCUCAGAAGUAAGCGGAGUAAGCCUCGCAGCCGCAAAGAAAAGCACCCAUAACGCUAAGCGUGGUCUGGAAAUGACCCAACCGAAGCGCCAACUUCUAGGCACCGGUGAGAUAAGCUUCACAGCUAAAGAGCAAGAGAAGAUCCUAGCUCCCCACCAUGAUGCUCUAGUUAUCUCUCUCACGUAG